AUGUGGCAGGACCGUUCUGUUGGCCUUCCAAGCGUUCCAAGCGAGGAGUUUCAACCCAAGGAGCUGCGGGUCAGGCUUCCUUCCAUGCUUCCACAAGAGGAUGAGCUACAGGAGCAUCCUGGCGUUCCAGAUCCUCUUCGUCGUUUGCCGGAGGACUCUCAGGUGCGAAGCCGCUGCAGCCAGGCCCAGCUGGAUCUUUGGAAGCGUCGUCUUCAGUCCUUGGACCAGAGGCAGCUUCUCUUGGAAGUUUGGCACGCUUGGUCUUCGACUGCCAAGGUCUUUGCCUUCCGUGCACGCUUGGAGUUAGUGUUGCUGGAUGAGCUGCGCCUCGCCAAAGUUCGCGAGGAGGCGAAGCUCGACCCACGCGGCUACCUUGCGACGCAGCUUCGCUCUAGCCAUUGGCCUGAGGGGACGGGUCCUGCGGAGCCCGAUCCUCCCAUUGAAGGAUUUGCGGAGAGCAAGUUGGCAUCUCUGAAGAGCUUCAUUUUCGAAUUCCGCCAGCGCGUGGCUGAAUCCGUGGCAGAGCUGCCUGGAGCCUCGCAAGCAGCCUAUGGCCUGGAGGGCUCUCAAGCGCUGGUGAAGACACUGGAACUAGGGCGUGGCGCCUUCGGGCGGCUCCUGCAUGCAGCACUCUUUUUGUACCAGAAGCUGAGGACUUUGGUUCCCACCGAGCUGGAGGUCACGAUGCGCGACCCUCUGAGCCGUUUGGUUCCCGUGCCCUUCUAUGUGCUGCCCUACAAGGUGCCGCCGAAGAUCCGCUUGGCGGUACAGGAAGUGGGACAGCAGCGCAGUGUAGGCGGCCUGGCGCGGAGUUUGGCACGUGGUGGCCGAGCUCGCCCUGGCAGUCAACUUGAAGAGCUUCAGGAUCUGAUGCCGCUCUGUGCAUCGGACCGGACCGCGAUGCCUGGUUUCCUGGCGCAGCUCCUGCGAAUCCGUGGAGAUGCUGUGGGUGGUUUCAGUGCUCCCAGCCACGAGCCUCAAGUGCCAGAAGCUGACCAGCCACCCAGAGCUCUGGCAGGCGGUCCAGGCUACCGAGAUGGCCUGGAUCAGCUGGUGGUUGAUGCCCUAACUGUUUACAUGAGCGGUUGGCGGCUGUCACGUGGUGCUGGCACUGCUGUUCCCAGCAGCACUGCUCCCGCUCCUCCCGAUGCUGCUCCACUGGAGGCACGUGCAGUCAGUGAGCCAACCGUGGCACCUGCAAGUGGGAGUCGUCGGGCAAGAAGUCAAGGUGAUCCCCGGCAUGGCAUGAAACUGAGAUUGGGUCCCGACCGCCCGCUGGACUAG